GCGCAGACCGGAAAGAAAGCCGUGCGUGCUGGCUGGACCGUGUGUUUGGAAGUGGAGGCUGGCCCGCAGUGGGAGACGACGCUGUCCGAAUGGAGGAGGCCAAAGAGAGCUUCACCUUCAAAGGUGUUGCGGAGAGACUGACGCUGGGCGUCACGCGCAUCCUCGAGAACAUGCCCGGUGUGGGCGACGUGCGGCUGGUCGAGAGGGAGCCCGCAGAGAAGAGGAGCCUGCUGUCGUGGGAGCAGAAACACACCUGUAUUCUGCCAGAGGACCUGCGAGAUUUCUACCUGACAACGGAUGGAUUAACACUCACCUGGAGCGUUAAACUAGACAGUGAGUGCGUCCCCCUAGGCAGCAUGGUGGUCCACAGCGUGGCUCGGCUGUGUCCUCUCCUCCAGCCGGUGUCCUUGUUCUCGCUCCCCAGCGCUCCCUCCCUGGUGGACCUGGACUGGGAGGAGGACCCAGGAAGCGGUAACGCUCCCAGUGCAGGCUCGGGGGACCCCGCGCCCCAUUUUGACUCCCGGAGCCGCAUCUUUGAGAUGGACCCCUGUGGUGGGAACGGCAAAGUGUGUCUGGUCUACAGGAACUGCACCGCAGGUGUGGUCGCCCAGCAGAGUGACAUUUGGUUCCUCGACCGCUCGCUGUGUUGGCACCUGCUGACCGCGACCUUCACCUCCUACUACCGCCUGAUGGUCACUCACCUGGGCCUGCCCGAGUGGCAGUACGCCUUCACCCCGUACGGCCCCAGCCCCCGGGCCAAGCAGUGGGCGUCCUUGUACCAGCCUCUGACUUUCAGCAGUGAGCCCAACUUCUCUGAUCCAGCUGCAGAUUCCCAUCUCAACAAGCUGGACCCGACGAAGGCCUUCAAAGGCAAAGCCAAGACUCCCGUCCCCAAGAAGAAGCAGCCGGCACAGUGCAGCUCAGGCAGCACAGCAAAGAGCCAAGGCGGCGCAGGAAGGCUGAGUGGGGGAAGACGUUGAGAAGGAGAACGGUCCAUACCACCGACAUCGAGGAAGGCUGAGUGGGGGAAGACGUUGAGAAGGAGAACGGUCCAUACCACCGACAUCGAGGAAGGCUGAGUGGGGGAAGACGUGGAGAAGGAGAACGGUCCAUACCACCGACAUCGAGGAAGGCUGAGUGGGGGAAGACGUGGAGAAGGAGAACGGUCCAUACCACCGACAUCGAGGAAGGCUGAGUGGGGGAAGACGUGGGGAAGGAGAACGGUCCAUACCACCGACAUCGAGGAAGGCUGAGUGGGGGAAGACGUGGGGAAGGAGAACGGUCCAUACCACCGACAUCGAGGAAGGCUGAGUGGGGGAAGACGUGGGGAAGGAGAACGGUCCAUACCACCGACAUCGAGGAAGGCUGAGUGGGGGAAGACGUGGGGAAGGAGAACGGUCCAUACCACCGACAUCGAGGAAGGCUGAGUGGGGGAAGACGUGGAGAAGGAGAACGGUCCAUACCACCGACAUCGAGGAAGGCUGAGUGGGGGAAGACGUGGGGAAGGAGAACGGUCCAUACCACCGACAUCGAGAAGGAGUCCCAUGAAGCGAUUCCUUGGCCGUAGGCUCCCUGACUGCAUGCUGUAAUGCUGCAUGUUGAAAUAGAUGAACAGCUCUCUAACACACGGCUUCAUGUGUCCCGGCUCUGUUGGGGAUGGAGGAACGAGGCUUUCCAGCCAGUUGCUUCCAAAGAGCCUCAUUCCAGUGUUCACUAGUGACACCUAGUGGUACACAUCAUUAAACGCAUUCUUACAGUAUGAUCACGUGUCCAAUAAUCCUCAUGGAGAGCACAUGGAGCACUUUAACCAAUGAGGACACUGUUUACGUCCGUAGUUAUUAACACUAGGCUUAGUUUGCUGUUUGAAUUGUUUAUGGAUCAUACAACAAUAAUCUAUAAUCUAUACAAUCUUCAAAGGUGUGUGGACAUGAGCUCCUCUGUGACUCACGCUGAAGGAGCCCCAAGAAAGCAGAUAGUGGCAGUAAAGUGCUUCUAGUCUUUAAGGCGGAGCCGCUUCCAGCUGCUGGUCUGCAGACGCCAUCGCUGCACUGUUGUUUUGUUAGUUCAUUUCAUAUUAGUCUAUUCAUUGUAUAUUGUGCAUUUUAAUAUUUAAUAUUGCUUUACUUGUAUGAAUGCUGCUGUGGCGAACACAUUUCCUCUUGUGUGGUUAAUAAAGUAUAACUAUCAAACUACAUAAUAAUAAUAAUAAUACAUUGGUUUUAUAAGGCGCCUUUCAAGGCACUCAAGGUCGCCGUACAACAUAUUUAAAAAUCUGACACAAUUUAAAGCAGCGCAGUUAAAAGCAGAGGGGAACACGUCAGGCAUAGGCCUGCCUGAAAAGGUGGGUUUUGAAUAAAAUGAUAGUCAAUGUUGAUGAUGAUGAUGAAAGACACCGCAGAGCCGCUCGGUUAACUUUUAGUUUAGACUUAUUGAUCUUAUUUGUAUAAUGACGUCUGCUCUGAUGACUCAUCAAUAUUUUAAGUGUACAUUGGUGAUCUUCGUCCAUUUAAGGCUCUUCAUGUCGAGACGUUCUAGGAUUAACUUUUAGGUUCAGGUCCUCGAGGCUCCAGUGAAAGUAAUCAAGAUGAAUGUUCUCUUUCCAGAUGUUAGGACUGUCCUGCUUUUAUUAUUCAUAAAGCCACUUGGUUACUUUUCAUCUCCUGCUGACUGUUAUUCAUGAUUAUAUCAGCUGCUAUUACCUCACUAAUACGAACAUGAGCUAUAAGCUAUGAAGUGUUGUGUUUUCAUCUUGAAUGCAUGUAAAUGUCUCAAUGUUCAACCUUUUGAUCUUAAUGUUGUUGCAUUGAUUGGAGCAAUAAGCCGUCAGCGUCACGGUUUGAAAUAAUAAAGCUCAUAUGUGUUGCAGCUA